CCAUCUCUGCAUUACAUGGCAUGUUUAGCCCUCAGUGCCUCAGAAUCCUGGUUUUUCAUAAUUCAGGUUCAUGGAAUGGACAACAGGAAUUGCAGUGAUGUCUCAUCUUGAAGACUCAAAGACCAUGUCCAUCUGCUCUGUUUCCUGGACCAGACUGACUAUGUUUGACCCCAAAUAUUCCACUUGGCCAUGAAUCUAAGCCAAACAAAGGUCAAAGAUACAUCCUCCCCCAGACUGCCAAGAUGGCCUUUUUUUUCCUCUCUCUGUCUCUCUGCAAAAAGAGAUGCAACUACACUCAAAUAAUUCAGUGUCCUCUCCUUUUCUAAUCCUCUUGUUGCAUGUGUGCUAUGCCUCUUUAGCCCUUACUUUACACCAGUAUCAAUAUCAUCAGGCAGACAGGAUCUGGUGCCACAACACUAGCUAGUGCCCCUCUGAUGCCCAGAAAGCCACCACACUGUUAAUCAAUCAGGUAGAGAGAGAGAUUGAGAGCCUCAUCACCCUACUGAUAAAUAUGCUUGCUGUUGCUACUAGUAGUGAUUAGCAUUCUGACCUUUGCAUGCCCAAAAGCCCCUGCCCCCAUUGGCUCCCUGCUUACUCACUACUAGUAAUAAUUAUUACUAAUCUGUUUUUUUGCCUCCAUUGUUGCAGUUGAUUAGUGCCUAUAUAUACUUGCUCAGGUUCAGCUCAUCAAAGACUUACUAGUUACUACAGACUUGCACAAGUUAUAGUCUUUGUGUUCACAAGAACAACUGAACAGGAGGGUUACCAAAGCUGUGAUUUUGAUUAGGAAGGACCACAGAUUGGUUAGGGAUUAAGCACUGCAUAGAGGUUAAGUGGAAGGAAGAAGCAUGCAGGGUGGUAUUGAGAGUGAGAGCGUGAGGAGGUUGUUGAUGCAGAGAAUGCAGCAAGGGUACGUGUACUCGAGGAGGGCGCUGCUGCUGGCUCCGGCGUACGGCCACGGGGAGAGCUCCGGCGGGGCGAGCCAGGGGAUGCUGGCCGCGGCCGGACAGGAGGCGCCGGCGGCCGACGGCGGGGCGGGCCCCGCCGGGACGAGCAGCUUCGACGCGAACGUGGUGAUGAUCCUGGCCGUGCUCCUGUGCGCGCUCAUCUGCGCGCUGGGGCUCAACUCGAUCGUGCGGUGCGCGCUCCGGUGCUCGACGGGCAGCAGCCGGGCGAUGGCGCCGCCGCCGCCGCCGCCGCCGCCGGCGGCGGCGCAGCAGCUGCAGGCGGCAGGGGUGCGGCGGAAGGCGCUGCGGGCGAUGCCGACGAUGGUGUACUCGGCGGGGCUGCGGCUGCAGGCGAGCCCGGCGUGCGCCAUCUGCCUCGCCGACCUGGAGCCCGGCGAGCGCGUGCGGGUGCUGCCCAAGUGCAACCACGGCUUCCACGUCCGCUGCGUCGACCGCUGGCUGCUGGCGCGCUCCACGUGCCCGACGUGCCGGCAGCCGCUGUUCGCCGCGCCGGGCAAGGCGGCCGGCUGCGACGACGGCGGCGCCGCGGCGCCGGCGGCCCGGCCGUUCCUCGUGCCUCUCCGGGCGGAAGGCUUCGUCACGCCGUACGAUUUUUAGACUUUGGACAAAUAUAUAUAGUUAGUUAGUACUGCAUUAAUUAACUCGAGGUUAAUUCUGUGAUAUUUCGCUGUAAUUGUAGAUAAACAAGAUUUCUAUUAGGCGUAUUUACUCAAGGUUUUGUACUCUAGAGAAUAUUCACUCGAGGUUAAACAACAUUUGCUCUUAUUUGAACUCAU